UUUAUUUUUCUUGUACACAACCGCAUAUAUAUCGGCUUAAUAAUUUGUUAUUACUGUGCCUCAGAGAGAGAGAGGAGCAGUUGCUGUGGGAAGUCUUGUGCACGCUCAACAAGAUGAGAAGGAAUAAUUUCCAGGGAGAAACAUUCCAUCUAGCGUUUACUAGUUGACCAGACUGCAUCUCGCGUGGAUGUGUGGAACACAAAUCCAAGACCGCCCUGUUUCUGUGGCAAAACGACCUUAUCUGAACAAAAGCAAAGUAGUUGCUAUACAAUUACGAAAACUUGCAAGCAAUAUAAUCCCAGGAUAAGAGGAUCAGGUAGGGUGAGGAGGGUUGGAGGAGUUGGAGGAGGAGGAGAGGUUGUUUGGGUUUUUGUUCUAAAGGAAAUGGAAGGAGAACGAGGAGUCUCGAAUUACGAGCUACAAGUUUCCUUCUCAACCCCGCAGGCGAUCCACGAAAUGGGAUUUGUACAGUUUGAAGAAAACCAGGCCGUCAUGAGUUUCUUGGCUCCUGCGCAGUCUUCUCAUCAAAUAUCUCAGCCUGUCAAUACCGCCGCCAGCAUUAGUAACAGCACCAAUUCCACCGCCAUGGGGUUUAGUCAUAACGACCAGGUAGGUACCUUAGAUCCCAAAGCUGUAAACGACGAGAACUGCGCCAGUAACGCUAACGAUGGAAAUAACUCAUGGUGGAGGAGCUCGGCCUCAGAGAAGAGCAAAGUGAAGGUUAGGAGAAAGCUUAGGGAGCCAAGGUUCUGUUUCCAAACGAGAAGUGAUGUCGAUGUGCUUGACGAUGGUUACAAGUGGAGGAAAUACGGACAGAAGGUUGUUAAAAACAGCCUCCAUCCAAGGAGUUACUACCGCUGUACCCACAACAACUGUCGAGUGAAGAAGAGAGUUGAACGAUUGUCUGAGGAUUGUCGGAUGGUGAUAACAACCUAUGAAGGCUACGACUUGCUUCUGGGAUCAAUCGCCGCGUUUUACGUGCUAAUGGUGCCGUACACUAAAGUUGAAGAAAGCUUCAAUAUUCAGGCAAUGCACGAUAUUCUUUAUCACCGGCAUCACUUAGAUAAUUAUGAUCAUUUGGAGUUUCCUGGUGUUGUGCCUCGCACUUUUAUCGGGGCAUUGCUUGUAUCAAUUUUGGCAUCUCCGAUGGUAUUAGCUAUGCAACUGCUGCACUUGCCAAAGAUUUAUAGUCUCAUAAUUGUACGUCUGGCAUUGGGUUGCAUCAUACUAUAUACAUUACGGUUUUUGCGUACUCAGGUCAGAAACAAGUUUGGACAACAAGUUGAAGCAUUCUUUGUAAUAUUAACUGCAAUUCAGUUUCACUUGCUGUUCUAUUGCACUCGUGCACUUCCAAAUAUACUAGCUAUGGGUGUAGUAAAUUUGGCAUAUGGGCAUUGGCUAAAAGGCAGGUUUUAUACUGCUUUAAACUAUCUGGUUUUUGCUACAAUCACAUUUAGAUGUGAUAUUGUCUUACUCCUUUGUACUCUUGGCCUGGAGCUUUUGUUGACCAAAUCAAUUUCAUUUUGGAAAGCAUUAAAGUGCUGCAUCAUGAUCUCUCUUUUGUGCAUAGGUCUCACCAUAUUGGUUGAUUCAAUCAUGUGGAAGAGGUUUCUUUGGCCUGAAUUUGAAGUUUUUUGGUUCAACUCUGUUCUUAAUCGAAGUUCUGAAUGGGGUACACAUUCCAUCCACUGGUAUUUUACUUCUGCACUGCCUCGGUCGUUACUCGCCGCGUAUCCACUUUUUAUGCUUGGAGUACUACUUGACAGAAGGCUUCUUACUCUGGUUCUGCCAGUUCUCUCCUUUGUUGUACUUUACUCUAAGCUUCCACACAAGGAGCUCCGUUUCAUUAUCAGUUCAGUUCCAAUCUUUAACUUAUCUGCCGCAGUUGCAGCUAGCAGAAUCUACAAUAACAGGAAGAAGAGUUUCUGGAAAUUUCUCAAUUUAAUCAUGCUGGGAUUGCUUUUAAUCAGUCUAGGGGGCACAAUCAUAACUUUCAUGGCGUCCUAUGAGAAUUAUCCCAGUGGUUAUGCAUUAAAAGAGUUGCAUCAAAUUGGCCAUCUUGCUCACAAUACCAAUGAACUCUGGGUUCACAUCGAUCCAUUCUCAGCCAUGAAUGGAAUAUCCCUUUUUUGUGAAGAUAAGUUCCCAUGGAGAUACUCUAAAGAAGAAGGGAUUAAACUUGAGGAAUUUGGCCAAAGAAAUUUCACCUAUCUUAUUAAUGAGCAUUCAGCUGUUGAUGGGUACAAGUGUUUAUUUAAAGUGAAUGGCUUCUCAAGAGUUCGUAUCCAACCAGGGUUUCCGCCCAUCUUUCUGGAUAAGGAGUCCAGAGUGUAUAUUCAUGGAAAUAUAAGAAAUGAGGAGCUUAUGUUCAAACAUUGGCCAGGAUGCUCUUAAACUCGGUGGAUUUAUAAUUGUAAGUUGCUCUAAAGGUUUAGCCAUCGAAUGCCAGUUAAAUCUUUAUGCUCCCAAAUCUCUGUUCAUGUUCUGACAGAUGGACAAUAGAACGAACAAACUGUAUGAAGCUUUCAGCACCCGAUACUUAUACCCAACUGUAAUCUUAGAAACAAGUUAACCAUUCCCAGUUUGAAUAGAGAGGGGUCUAAGUAGGCUUAAGAUUGAUUAUCGGUAGCAGAAGGUACGUUGCUUGCUCAGUACACCGUGUAUUAAACUUGUUUCUAUUCAUAUUCAGGAUCAUUUCAUGCUUAGUUUCUCAA